AUGGGACGCAGCGCAGCUGGUAAUGAUGAGGUUGUUGGUACUGGACGAGAUUUGCUUAAGAAGUUUAUGCUCUUACGUGGCAUGUUCCAACAACCACCGCCCACUGAGAAUGUUAUUGUGAUAUCGGACCCAUAUACAUCAUCCACACCGACAACUACAACAACGACAACAACCACCACAAAUUCAUCGGCACGUUCCAAUGAACCAGACCAUCAGCAACAUCAACAUCGACCACAACAAAAGCAACAGCCGAUACAAUUAAUCUAUGAUGAACCCGAUGAUCGCGAUUCUAAUGAUGAUGAUGAUGAUGAUAAUGAUGAAUUGACCACGCCCACAACCACCAUGAAUCAGCAGGAAAUCGAACUGGAAGAGCAACAAAAUGUUGCAGACCUUUUGGAUAUGCCCAAGAAAAGAACUCGUCCAAGCCAACGUGGAGGCACCAAGCGCCAAUCGAAGCCUCGGCCAUCGGCAAAAAAUAAAAACCAGAAAUCGCAAUCGACUCAUCGACGUCGUCAUAACCGCCAAAAAUCUCCGAAAUCGAAGAAGCAACAGAAAAAGCGACGGCCAGUUGAUAUAAGCAACGGGAGUGAAUCAGAAGUUGAAGUUAAACAAACGCAACGUCAAAAUCCAAUCGAAGGUUAUCAUAUGGCCAAUGAGCAAUCCAUGAGACCUCAGUCCCGAUCCGAGUCCCGUCUCCAGCGCUUAUGGAGACGAUUUCAACGGAAUCAAAUGAAGUGA